CAGGGCAGGAUGUCCCGCUCCGUCACUAACAAUAAGGAAUAUGCCCAAAUGUCUGGGACUCACCGGUCGCGCUCUUUUGUCUCGGUCCAUUGUUGCGCCCCGUUUUUUUGCAGGAAUUAAUCCUACUUUCUUCCCUCUCUCUUUUCCCUGCCUUCUUCAAUCUCGCGAUACCUGGCGCUUUGGGACCUAUUACUACCGAUAAGCCUUCCUUGUGCUUGUUGUUAUCAGCUGGAAUACGCACCGGGACAUAUAUAUUAAUAUCCAGCAAACAUGCUCGACGCAAAUCACUUUGGUGGUGUCGGGAAUGAGCACGGACCAUCCCCCACCGACAACUACAAGAGGGCGGUAUAUCGGCAACCCCCAACUCGAUUUUCUGUAGAAAUGCUCACCCCAGCUAAGCAAGGCGGGAGCUACAGCUUUGGAAUGCGCAUCUGCCCGAUUACUCGUGGUGACCGCUCUUCCAUCUCAUCCGACGGGUCCAAUUCCGAGUAUGACAUCUGGCGGCGGUGGGAGGACUGGCUCUGGUUUCAAGACUGCGUUGAAGAGCAAUAUCGUAUCCUAGCAAGGGCAAAGCGUCAACGCCUUUUGGCCGGCAAAGGGGUAAAGAGGGAUGGUUUCUAUAAGCAGGACAUGGCGUCGUCUUGGGAGUCUUUACCACCAGGCCCCGAUCCUCACUCGGUUGCUCAAGAUAUCCAUGAACUGGUCCCCAAGUUAACCAAGAAGGGAACCGUCUUUCGUGCAAGUCAGGCCACUAUUGACCAGCGCUUUGCCGAAAUCCAGGCGUUCGCCGAAGCACUUUUCAGAGAUGACGUUCCUGUACUGCUGUUAGACCUCAGAAGUGAGCGAACUGUCACUGAUUUCUUCGGUCUUUGGCGUAGAGAUUACGAUCUCGCUCAGAAGUUAGAGAAACAAUCCCGUUCGAAGCGAUCGUCGAAGACAAAUAGCAUUCUCUCUGGCUAUUUUUCCAACGCGUCAUUGCCGUCAAUUGACACAUCUUCUCGGCGGUCCAUGGACAGUAUCUCCAAGAAGUCGUCUACAUCCUCUAUUAACGCUUCCAUCCAGAAUUUCACGUAUGGUGCCUCCAUCAGUAGAACCUCAGUUGCUACCUUGUCCCCUCCAAUCAUUGUCGAAAGGCGGCGGCGGGCAAGUUCAGUAUCAUCCGACUCGGCCUCUACGAUAACGGCUGCGUCGUCAAGAAGUUCAGGCUCCUUCCGAUCCGUUCCUUCUAUCGCUGAGGAGACGUCUGUGUCGUUUGGUCAUAAUCCUCAGAUCUCUCAGGACCAAGGCUCGUCAUAUUUGGAGGCCUUGCCUGAGGAUCGAGAGUUCUCCAGUAAAUCCAGCUAUCGAGGGAACCCUACUGCUUCCUCUCCGACACACCAGUCGGCCUUAGCGCGAAAAAGUCGCCGUAGUGUGCAGGUCAUUGGUGUACCAAAGGAUUUCACUCGGGGCAUGGAAGAGCUCAAUCUCAAUGAGGAUCAACCAAGAAAUCGUGCUGUCCGGGAAUCAUGGCAAACGAUGAUGUCGGGCACCUCUAUCAUUGAUGGUAUUGGACUGACCAUGCCGCCCUCUCCCGAGGACAUGUCCCGAAGAUCAAGAUCAUCUGUCGCUAGCUUUGCUACAUUCAUGACCGAUAGCUCUGCGGACGCUGUCAUUCCUCGGUCCACGAUGCCCCGCCCUGUCUCUAGUGCCACUAUCGGAAGGCAUCCAUGCCGUACUCGGCCUACCUCAACCCUAUCUGAGGGAGACGUAUGGUCGGAUCCUGAAGGAGAUCUGCUCGAUACUUAUUUCCGUGAUGCCUUCCAACGCCCUGACUCUCUUAUUUCCCGCAGCUACGGUGGCAGUCGCUCACAUGGUCCAAUUGGGUACCAUUCUUCUGGCGCCCGGUCACUUGAAUCUAUAGAUUUCAUUAUGCCUUCCGAAGCGGACGAUAACUAUGAUAGUAUCUCCACGCUAGAUAUUCCCAUGACUGCGCGGCCCGUACUCCCCCCUUCCCCAACAGCCUCCAUGUUCUCUACAAUAACGUCGGCAAGCGCUGGCACCUCGCUCUCAGGCAUGAUCACUGACACCCCAAUGACACCCACUGCCCCAAUCACUGUUAAAGCUGCUUAUAACGGAUCCAUUGUAGUCUUCCGUGGUACCCGUGAUGUCCCUUUCAACGAUGCUCGAUGUCGUAUACGCGAUAAGUUCAUCAAACAGGAAAAUAUCAGGCUCUCUGAUUCCUUCGUCUUGGCGAUCGUCGUCGCUGACGAUAAUUCUGCUCUGACUGGUGCCCGCCGGUCGAGCUCUCUUUCCUCAAUCUUCGAUAUGGAUAUGAAACUGAUAUCCACACCCGACGAAUGGCGUUGGGUGAUGUCCUACGUGAAGAGUAGUAAAAUCACGCUUCGAGUACUUGAAGACUAUUCAUGAUACGGUUGUUCAUUUUAAAUUUAUUACAUCUUCGACUUUAGCACUUACCACUCGCUUAUCUUCGUUUUCAUCAUAUUUUCCCUUGUUUUCCACGUACAUUUCACCCUUUUAUCCGUUCGGUUCUCCUGGGUGGACCAUCUUCUCGGAGUUCAUAGAGCUCAAUGUCUUUCGUUAGGAUGAAUAACAUCU